AUGCUUUGGGCCACAACAGUGGUUGCAUUAUUUGGAGAUGUACCACAAAAUGAAAAACACAUUUUGGACAAACUUAUGAAAACGAAGACACGUAUGAAAAAUACGUCUUCUGGAAGUGGCGCUAAAAUCUCGAAAUAUAUGUUUUUCGAAGAAAUAAGGUUUUUGGAUGGAGUAAAUGACGAAAACGUAGUUGACGAGUUAUUGCAGGAACUGGGUGAUGCUGAUUUUGUUACGCAGGAAUGCGGAGAGUAA